AUGUGGCAAGGCCUUCUCUUCUUCGGCUUCUGGUGUUUGGUGGCCUGGCUCGGAAAGCAAUGGGCCGAGUACGAGAUGCGCCUCGUUGAGAGGCCCGGGGCCAACGCCGAGCGGGACGUGCGGGACGCGCGGGACGCGCCUGGAUUUGAGGUGAGCACCGCAAGAAUGGCCGACACCGGUGUCGCGGCCGUCGCCCGGCGAGUCCGGGUCCGGGACCGGGGGGUCUGCCUCCGCACCAACUGGCUGGCUGUGGGCCAAGCCGACCAGCUUCUGGGACGGCUUCGCCUGUUGCGCGAGCAGGCGCCGCUGUACGCAGAGGGCGUGGUGAACUCCAUGCCCUACGGCAGCGACGUGGGAAAGAUCGAGGACACCGAGCUGGUGGAGCGGCCUGAAACCGAGGCCGCCUGCACGCAGGUACAAGGGCCAGUGGCGUGGCUCCCAGUGCCAUGGCAAAGGUACCUUGACGCGCCCAGAUGGGUCUUCCUAUGA